ACAGAAGUCAUUAUUUUAUAAUUUCCAGUAGAUUUUUUUUUAAAAUGAAUAUUUAAAAUUUUAUUGCAUCUUAAACACAUUUGAUUAAAUUUUUAUUUAAUUGGAACAUGGGAAGCAGUCAAAGCAAAUUUAAACCAGGACCCCAUGAUUGUUGGCAUAAGAUGAAAGUCACCGGAUCCCAACCCAAAUAUUUGCAAUGCGCUUUGCAAGCCAUAAAGGAUCUUCAUGAAUCGACAGGAUCUUCCCAAGGAAGAAUAAUUGAUUACAUCCAAGGUGUUAUAAAUGCCAAACAAAUACGUCCAAGGCCAAGAAACGUCGCUAUGCAAAUAAAACGAGCUCUAAAAUACGCCGCUCAAAAUGGCAUGGUAAAUCAUCGUGGAGGAAGAUAUGUUUUGGCCCUUUCUGACAAGGACUUUGCCAUUUUCAAAGGCCUCCGACCAAAAGAUCCCAUUAAAGUGAAUGUCAAGCCCAAAAAAAUAGUGAAAACUCCAAAAAAAUCUAAACGUCGUCACUCCAAAUAUACCAAAAAGUAUAAAAAAUACAGCAGGUUAGCAUAUGACGAUUCUUUGGAGGACGCUCGCAUAAAAAGUAGAAAACGAAGAAGAGACUAUGAGGACGACUUUUACUCAGAUCUAGAUAGUCUCAGUAGUUUUAGCGAUGAUGAAGAGCCUACAAGAAAAAAAAGUAAAAAAAGUUUGAACAAUUUGGUUAAAUGUAGGAGCAAAGAGUAUGAUAAUUGUAUAAAGAAAGAAACUGAUUUAGUAGUUAAAAAAACAGAAAGCAACAAAUGCACAAAGAAUAUCGUUAAUACUAAUGUCGUUAAUAGUAAAGAAGGUAAUAAUACUGUAAAGAAAGUCAGUAAGGAGGAACUUAAAAAAACAGAAAGCAAAAAGAAUACAACGAAUAAAAUUGAAACUACGAGCACAGAAAGUAAGAAAGAAGAUGAUAGUAAAAAGAACGAAAAUGAAAACAAGCCUGAUGUGGAAGUUAAAAAACGCAAGGAAAGAAAGAAGAGGACAAAGAAGAAGGUCGCAACUGCGAAUACAGAAGGUGAAAACACUGUAAAAAAUGUACCUGAUACGACAUCUGAUACGAAAUAAAUUGUCAAACAAUA